UUGGCGUCAGUAUUUAGUAAAUGUUUUACGAUUUGGCAAAAUAUAUUUUCAAAACCGUAAAGCAUAGAUGCUUGCGUAUUGAUCCCGUCUGUACAAAAGUCAGAUAGGCGAACAGACGGCACGAUAUCUCAUCCUGUGUCACAUUCUAUUUGGGCAACACGUGUAAUUCAUCGGGAUCGACUUCACGUACAAGUGUAAAGAAACAUUGGUUAUGUUCGCCAUUCGUGUGAAAACAAAUUGGGGAGCGAUGUAGCGCAACGCAAACACGUCCAGUUUGUACGUGCGGAGAUUUUAUUCACAACCGACUGGAACAAAAAGUCCGCCUAAAUGUACGGCUGUGGCGGCAGCGGCGGCGGCAGCAGCAGCAGCAGCAGUAGUAGGUGUAGCAACGUCUCCUGCACGGAGCAUCGAAAUGUCCGACGGUUCUAAAAUGGGCCUAUUCGGCUCCAAGGACCGGAAUCAGGAACAGAAAGAAAAAUCUUCCAAAGACAACUCCCCAGCCCGUUAUGCACCAUACGGCGUUGACAGUGACACCGAGACAUAUGAUACAGAAGCCCUGAGCAUGAUGGAUAUCAACGACAUUAUUGGUGUGCAGUCUGGCGAGCAGAUCGGCGACUCUACUCUGGAAAGCGAGAUCGCCGCUCUUUCGCGAAUUAUUACAGAAUCCAAGGUAGAGCCAACUUUGCAAUCAAAGGACUUAAAGCCUGUAAUCCAACAGGGUUCUUCUAAGACACUGAAUCCUACUUCUAGUACUCUAUGUAUUUCAAGUAUUGAUAAUUCUGACAAAUCUAGUAUUGUGUCUGAAAAGUGUACAGAUAGUAUUUGUGAAUUGCAGGAAGAAACAUUUGAUCUUACCUGUGAAAACGAGACAUGUGCAGAACCGUCAAUUGUAGAUAAGAGUGCUUUGGAGAAUGCAGAUGUGAACUUUAAACUUGAUGAAGCGUCUGACAUAAAGACUACUGAAAUAGUUGGUGAUACAUCUAUGGUUUGUACAUCAGAAUCGUCUUCCAAUGACAAGUCCUGCAUUGAGAUUAAUUCAUUGACUGUCACAUCAAACGAUACUUUACAGGAGACUGUCCAGGAUGAGCAACAAGUGGAUACUGCUUCUCCUACAGAUUAUGAGAAAAGUGUUGCUGAAAAGAUGAAGACUGAAACUGUUGAUAAAACCAUUGACAAUCAAAAUGAAACAAAAAGUGGUGUAAAGCCUGUGGUAACAGUUGGAAACAUUAGCAAGAGUUUGCAAUUAAUAGGAGAAGCAUAUAACUCUGAAGAUUCAGAGGAAACAGAUAUGAAUGAUGCCGACUCGCCAAAAGAAACUUCAUCACUUUCCCUUCCUAAAGAAACUUUGUCGCUGCCGGAUAUUUCUGCAAAACAACAUAAGGAAGAUAAUUCUGAAAUAACUGAUGUGAUGGAGCAAAAUAUUGAGAUCUCUCCAAAUUUCAAUGACACUACCAGUGCAGUUGUCUCAGAAGAAUCGAAUGUGAAAAUAGAAAAUAUUAUAGAUAGUAGAACAGAAGAUCUAAAUAAAACAGAGCCAGAAGAUUCUAAUCGAAGUGAAACAUUGCAACAAGUUUUAGAGAUAGAAAGAAAUAUAGACAAUACUGUAUCACAUAAAGUAGCAGAGUGUGUUAAUAAUGAAAUAUCCAGUUGCACACAACAAAAUGAAAUAGAAAUGGAUACAACAAAAGAAACAGCAUUAGAACAUCAAUCUUCCAAUGAAACUGCAGACACAGUUGGUAAUACUCCUGCCAUAUUGACAAUGGAAAAUACAGAAGAAAGCAAGGAAAGUACUGAAGUAGAAUUAAAUAUAUCAGUACUUGCUUCUGAAAUGAAAAAACAAGAUUCUGUAACUCCUAGUGAAAAAGAACUGCCCGAUACAAGAAAAAUAAAUGAUGAUUGUUCUAUUACUGAUGAUGCAAAGGAACUUAUAAAAAAUGUACUCGAGUGCGAAGAUAAAGAUACCAUUUCAGUAUCUGCACAUAAGACAAAGGAAUCUACUUUAACUGAGACAUCUAAUGAAGAAACAAGUAUGACAAGUAAAAAUAAUGAACAGAAGGCAGAUGUCACCAAUGAAAGCUCUCAAAUGAUAAACGAGGUUGUUGCAAUAACAGAUAAAAUUAAUGAUGAUUCUCAAGAAACAGUUUUUAAACAAAAAGAUUUUGAAAGAACUACUGUAACUUCUGAUAAUGAAGAUAAUGCAAGUGUAGUCGAGACUAAAAUAUCUGUGCCAAUGGAUACAAGUAUACUUCAAACUACAUCAGACAUAACUGACAAAGAAUUAGAUUUAAAUAAAGAUAUUACAAUAAUUCAUCCAAAUACCGAAGAAAAGAAUGUAAUAGCUGAUGUACAACCUGCAGACAGUCAUUUGCUAGGUGAGGAAGAUUCAGAUUUGAGCUCUAAAAAUGUAAUGAUACAGAAUGAUACAACAUCUGCUGAUGUUAAUAAUUCUGAAGAUACAAAUGCUCACACGCAAGAUAUUCUUGAAACAUUGACCUCGAUUGAACAUGAAAAAUCUGUUGAACAAUUUCCAUCUGAGUCAGAAAAAUCUGAAAUUAAUGAUGCUACAUCUAGUAAAUUAGAAGAAUUACAUUCUGCUGCAAUCUUGCAUGAAGAUUCAAGUAAUACGAAUGAAAGUAUAAGCAAGCCUGAGACUAAAGAAAUGGAGAAUAUAGAAAAAAAGAUACCAGAAGCGGUAUCGCCGUCCGUUAAUAAAGAUUACACUUUAUCGAUAGAAAAUAAUCUAGAGCAAACACCUGAUCAAUCUGAAUCAAGUGUUCAAGAGCAAGUCAGAUCGUCCAUAGAGAUAGAAAGAAAAUUAACUUCGGAAAAUGUUACGUCUUCCGAUGUAUUAUCAAAGAACGAUACAAAUUCAUCAUUGACUGAAAAUUUGACUGUUCCAGAAGAUGAUGUAAUAAAUUACAUGUGCAAUACAAUACAGAAAGAAGAUAAAGUUGUGGAAAAUAUUACUGCUGAAAUUUCGUUGAACGAGACAGCAAUGAAAGGUUUAGAUGAAGAUAAAGUUAAAGAAAUUGAAAAAAUUACUAAAAAAGUAGAAAAAAUUAAUGAAAUAAAUUUUGUUUCGGAUUCAGCAAUUCCGCAAGUAGAUAUUCAAACAAAUUCGGAGAAUAUCAAUUUACAAGAUGAAGAGACGAAAUCAUGCGAAAGAAUUGCAAAAAUAUCUACGGAAUCGAUUAAUGUUAAUGUAAUUAAGACAGUUGAGGAGAUUAAUACGGAAUCAAUUGUAGAAGAAUCCACUGAUGACAAUUUAAAAGAAGUACAAUCGAAUAUCAUCGAUAUCUCUUUAUUACAAGAGAGUUCAAAUGAAAAAAUAAAUGCUGAAAAAUUAAUGGAGAAACUGCCUCAAAAUUUGGAAAGUUUGGAUGCUUCAACUACUGCUCAAACCGUAGACGCUUUAGAAGGACUUUUGGACAUAACACUUAUGUCAGAUAACGAAAAUUCUUCGUUAAAGGAUAUGAAAACUGAAGAUAAAGCUUUGAUGGAAGAAAUAGUAAAUAAAAACAUUGACAUGGAUCUUUUAUUAGAUCAAGCGAAUCAAAGUGAAACAACCAUGACGCAAAACUCGGACUACAUAACAAACGUGAUUGCUAGUUGUUUGUCAAAUAGAGAUAAUGAAGCGAGCGAGACUGAUAUCAACAUACCGAGUAACGAUAAAACUACCGAAAAUGAGGCUAUUAGCUUAAAAAUUAACGAAGACAUGAGUACAGAAUCAGUUAGUGAGACGAUGGAUAACGAGAAAAUGGAAGAAUCUCUUGGAACGGAUAGCAAUUUGCCACAGAACGAUUUGGACAUGGAUUUCGAGAGCAACCGAUUGGAGUCGGUCGACUCGGAAGAAAGUGAAACGAAGCUGGAAUUGCCACAGGACAUUCUGCUGGAAGGCGUAAUGCCGAGUGAGAAUCUUUCCCGACAUGCCGAUACUCCGACUGUUAUCGAGAAUUCACAAUCGAGUUCGGAGAUCUCCGAGUUGGAAUCUGCGGUGAAGUUCUUGCAAGAAUCUGAGGAGCAAACGAUAGACUCGUUGGUGCUCUCGCCAAAAAUGGUGGAGAGCGUCGUCGAGGACAUAACGAAACAGGCGAACGCGGAGCUCUAUGUGCCUGACGAAAUAGACAAUUUUGCGAACGCCGAAUCCGAAUUAGAGCAUCUGAGAGAUGUCACUGCUGCAGAUUCUAUCUCUAUUUCAGAAGCUGAGAUCAUAUCGGAAGCCGCUAAGCUAGAGAACGAGCGAAAAUUUGCGACGCAGAUGCAGAGCGUUCCCAGUAUCGUCGUGAAGGAUACCGAAGAAAUAAGAGAGGAAACAGAGAAUCGCACGUGUUCGAAGACUUCUUCGUCCGAUACCGCUUCUGUUGCGGAUAGCUCCUUGAGUGCGCAAACGGCGGAACAAUCGCACGAAGAAAAAGGAGCUGUACCCGACAUUAGAUCAUUGUCGAACGAAGGUAUUCUGAAAGCGUGCGAACUGAUCCCAAGAGUAUCGAUAUUGGAGGAGCGACUGAAAGAACCGCCGAAGAUCGAGAUACCCAUUCCGGAUUCGACUAAAGCGUUAGAAUCUUCCAUUAGCCCGAACGAUAGUCUUCUUAUACCGAAGGAUGCAAGAGUUAUGGCAUACUCGAGGAUGUUGGAAUCGCCGAAAUCGGCUGAUAAAAUUGAAUUAAAGGGUGCUGACACGUCACGCAAAGAUUUCGAGAAACACUCGGACUUGGAAAAUGUCGGUUCGCCGAGAAUAAUCUUGAAGAUCGCCAAAUCGGCGAUCACCGACUGUAGCGAACCGCGAUCACCGAAGAGUCCAAAGAUCCGAUCGGCUACGAAUUCACCGAAUCCGGAUGACAGUCCAGGUCAGAAGUUGGGAAAGAUUAAAUUGAAGCUGUCGAAGGGAGGUCAUCCUUCUAUAAUAUCUAACGAGAAUUUGGAUGAAGUCAAUCAAUGGCACACCACCGAGAAUACAUCGUCACUAUCUCCCAUCGGCAUGAAGAUCAAGCUGUCUAAAACUGGCGAUGCUUCGAUCGUUGGUACAGAGAAACACGAAAGUCUGGAUGAUUCGAAAGAGACGAAGUACAAAAUCGAAGAGCCGAAGAGAACGGAUUCGCCGAUCGGUAUGAAAAUCAAACUGUCGAAGUCUGGAGACGCUUCGAUCAUCUCUGAUUCCAGGCAGCAAGACGCCAAAGAAGCUCUUACGAAACACAAGGAAAAAUUAGAGAUGCCCCAGGGAAGCCCGAAAAGGACAGAAUCGCCAAUUGGAAUGAAAAUCAAGCUUUCCAAAACUGGUGACGCUUCUAUCAUUCAAACCGACAGGCAAGAAUCUUUAGAAGAGCACAAGGAAGUCGCACAGAAAAGAACCGAUUCUCCGAUCGGUAUGAAAAUUAAACUAUCGAAGACUGGUGACGCUUCCAUUGUAUCUUCGGAUACUCCCGAGGACUCGACUACGAAAGUGAAGGAGAAGCAGGACUAUUUGGAACUACCGAAAAGGACCGAGUCUCCGAUCGGAAUGAAGAUAAAGCUAUCCAAAUGCAAGGGCAGUGCAUCUAUUAUUUCUGUAGACAACACUGAAGAUACAAGAGACAAAUUAGAAGUACCCGAUCCACCUAAACGCACCGAGUCACCACUCGGUAUGAAAAUAAAGUUAUCUAAAACCGGAGACGCGUCUAUUAUACAUUCCGAAGUCACAGAAGACGUUAAAGAAACGAGACACAAAGACAAGUCUGAGAUAUCGCAAGACACAACGAAAACGUCAGAGUCCUCUGGGCUCAAAAUCAAGAUGAAGACAGGUGAAGCGACAUCGUUGGUUUCAUCGGACGUUACCGAGGAGCAAGAUGCGUUACAAACCGAAUCAUCCACGGGUAGCAUUCCAAAGAUCAAGGUAUCCAAAUCUGGGGAUACGUCGGUAGUUUCUAAUAAAACGGAGUCAACGGAAGAAUCGAAGUCACGAGAAGGUCAAGGAGAAGUGCCAAAAAGAACGGAAUCUCCACUCGGUAUGAAAAUCAAACUGUCAAAAAGCGGCGACGCUUCCAUUGUGCAAAGCGAAGUUAUCGCUGAGGAGCAUCAAAGUAAGACUACACGUGCAACUGAUGCGGAAUAUUCGAAAGGCGGCGACUCAUCUCUCGGGAUGAAGAUCAAGCUAUUCAAGACGGGCGACGCUUCAGUAUUGGAGACAUCACCUUCCGGUUCUUCCGAAAAGAAAGAAAAGCAGCAGCGGCGCAGAGACACCGCCGAAUCGCCGCUGGAAAUGAAGAUCAAACUGUCCAAGACCGGUCACCCUACGAUCGUGACUUGUGACAGUCACAGCGAGUCCUCCACGCACAAAGGUAAGGAUCCAACCGCUGUAGAUCCAGUAAAUUUAUCUCAGAGAUAUAUGGAGCACGCUGCAGGGCAUAAGGAAUCUCCAUUGAAGAUUCUUAAAACCGGCAGCCAUCAUCCGUCUAUUCUACAAAGCAAUCGUUCUGAGCUGACGAUCGAGCCGGUGCAGGUGCAGAGCAGAAAGCAACCGGCGGAGAACACUCAGCAGCAGAUCGAGAUAUCGUCCAAGCGUAAAGACGUAACUAUCUCACCGGUUGAGAGCAAAAAGUCCAAGCUGGAGGCGCAGCUCUCGCAGAUCUUGCCGGAGGUUACCAUACAACCGGUGAUGUGUCGGGAUCAGAAACAGCAACAGCAACAACUGUUGUUCGAUCCGAAGACGAGUCUAAUCAGUCGACAGCAAAUGAACGUGAUCAAUCAAGAGAUCAGUAUCACACAAGUACGGCCAGAUAAUUCGUCCGACAAGUUCAAGGAUAUAUGCAAAAAUUCGCCGGGUGGAUUAUCGGAUUGCGAGAUCAUCGAACAUCGCCCGGAGCUGAUAAUCGUCAACGAGAACUCGAACUCCAGUCAGGAUGUCGUCAUCAUUGAAGAGGUAACGCCCAAUAGAACGGCCGAUAUUAAGGUGCCAAAAAAGAGAGGCAGACCGCGAAGAAAUCCCGCAGCGGUACAGCAAAGUCAGCAGUCUACGCAAAUGCUAAUGCCCAGGGAUCCCUUAGCGUUGGAUGAGGUACAGCAAGUUCCUCCACAACCAUUCGAGCAUAGGGAAAAUGAGAGACCUAAGAGAACCUGCAGGAGUCAGAAAAGUUACGCUCCUCCAAAGAGAGGCAGGGGAGGGCGAGGACGCGGUAAACGGAAACUGGAUAACGUAGAACCUCAAGUUGGAAAAAAGUCUCGUGUAGAUCAAGACUUAACCGCUAUAGAGGCAUCUACGAUGGCUGUCAUCACUCUCGACGAAACACCAGUGCAACAAGAAUCACUUCGGAAAUCAUCAGAACUAUACAAGGCACUGAAACAACCACCCGUAGAUCGUAAAGGUUCCGCAUUAAGUCGCAAAGAAGCGAGCAAAAAGGAUUCUAAAGCCUCGAACUCUGAGAUUGCGAUGCUAGAUCCUACAAGUUUGUCAUGCCUUCAAGAAGAUCCAACGAAAGCGUCUACGAGUCAAGACCCGUUGGUCUCAAAAGCUGACGAGGAACAUAAGAAACCAGCCUUAGAAAUUAUUUCUGAAAGAACACAGAAAUCAGCAUUAAAGCAACAAGCUGAGAGUAAAGGUAAGAUGUCGGACGGAAUUAAGGAGGUACCUAUACCUCCCGGACAUUCAAAUUGGCUGACGCCAACGUCGAAGAAGCAAGCAGAUUUGACGACCAUUAGAGGCGAAACAGUGUCGACGGUGCAAGUGAUCGACGAAGAAACAAGAAUGAGCGCCGAAUCUGGUUCAAGGUCUCAAACGCCGGCUAGAAAUAUACCAGCACCGACUUCGGAGACAAUAAUAAAUGAAGAGUCGCAGGGUAGCGUCCUGAGCACUGCCACGACAGAAUCGGAAAAAGUCAAAGUAAAGAACCGUAGAAUGGAGAUUAAUUUUGAUCCCGAUGAAGGACCUUUCACCGUUGAUAAAAUAGCGGAAUAUGAGUGGCCACUAGAUCGAAAGGGUGAAACCUUUAUGAUACAAGAACAGAUAUCACAGUAUCUUGGCGUAAAGUCUUUUAAACGUAAAUAUCCUGAUCUCAAACGUAGAGUAGUUGAUAUGGAAGAGAGAAAUUAUUUGAGAGAGAAUGGAUUAGUCAGUGAAGCAAUGUGUGAUAUGGGAUUAACUGCAGUAUGUAGCUCGGAAGUAUUAGACGUAAUGUGCAGUGAUUUCCCUGAUCAGUACGAAGAAUAUCGUAAGCACAUGCGCGAGAAACAAGUUAAAGAACAUUCCAAAAAGCAGAAGGAAUUAACGGCAGCAGCAAAUGCAGAGAGAAACAGGAUAGACCUCGCGGAAAUGGCCAUGCAAUCCGCAUUUGCAUGGAACGCUAACUUAAACAAAGCUCGCAAGGAACAGCGCAAAUAUUGCUUAGAUUUACAGACUUUCACGAUUCAGCAACCGCAAAAGCAACACAAAAACGAUUCGGAGCACAAAGUAGGUCAUUAUCCUGUUGCUCUGAUACCAGGACAAUAUACCGAUUAUUAUCGAGAAUAUACACCAGCGGAACUGAGAUAUUAUCCGCUGAAUACGGUCUUAUAUGGACCCACACGACCUAAUGAGCGUAAAAGUGAUAGUCAGUCGGAAGGUUCUCAAAGCGAUAGCGAUAGCGAAUCAUCCUCUGAUGACUCAAGUUCGUCCUCCAGCGAAGGUACGCAAGAUACGGAAGGAUCUCAAUCAACUAUGGACGAAGUAGACAUGGAAAUCUCAAACGCAAAGGAUGAUCCAAAAUUGAAAUGCAAAAUGUGCCUGAAAGUUUUAAACAAACAUAACAAAAACGAAAUAUUAAUUCAAUGUGGUACAUGCAAUGGAAAUGUUCAUCCAUCCUGCAUAGAUUUAACAUUGGAUAUGGUACCACACAUCCAAUCGUAUGCAUGGCAAUGCACCGAUUGUAAGACGUGUGCGCAAUGUCACGAUCCCGCAGACGAGGAUAAAAUGCUCUUCUGUGAUAUGUGCGAUCGUGGGUACCAUAUCUAUUGUGUUGGUUUACGACGUGUACCGCAAGGGAGAUGGCAUUGUCAAGAGUGCGCUGUAUGCGCGAACUGUGGUUCGAGGGAACCCGGUGGUGCUAAUUCGGACCGAAACAGCGUUGCGCAAUGGCAGCACGAAUAUAAAAAAGGCGAGAAAAAUACUCGAGUAUAUGUCUCGACGCUUUGUGUACCGUGUUCGAAGCUGUGGCGAAAGGGUCGCUAUUGCCCGCACUGCAGUCGCUGUCAUACCGCCCAAAGGCUCGACCUGGAAUCGAAUCUAGUGCAUUGCAGCGCAUGUGACAAGUAUCUGCACUUAGAGUGCGUGGAGACCAAGGGAGUAGUGGUUGACAAAAAAAAUUAUCUAUGUGAUUUCUGUACACCGUCGACCAGCCAACAAGUGGUAAAGCCUUUGAUGUCGAAGGUGCUCAAAACGUGAAUGAUUAUUGUAACAUUUUCCAUAUGAAAAAAGAAUAUCGUGCUGUAUAAUACUAAUGCCAGUGCAGUGUAUAUUACAUUAUAUUAAAGUAAAUAAGUUUUUUAUUCAGUGCGUUUGUGAACGAAUACGCGCAAGAUUUUCUUCUGGAGUACUUCAUGACAAACUAAUUGUACAUAGUUGUACAUCAUUUAAUUAUGAAUUUUUAAUCUAUUGUUUAUCGCGAGUGAAUUGUUUAAUAAGAAAAAGACUGAAUGUUUAGUUUUGAUUACGAACAUGUCAAAAUUACAAAAUAUAUACAGAGUGUACGAGAAAUCGCGCACUUUCUCUUGAUUGUAGAUUCUUUGACGAAUUUUAAAUUAAUCUUUAUACAUCAUAAGCUUAAUUAAACAUGCAUUUUGUAACACUCUCUUUUGCAUACAGUAUUAAAAAAGAAUUUUUUUGUAAAAUAAAUUUAUUUAAUAUAAACUGAGAAAUAAGGCA